CACGGACAGUGCCCCUUCUCCAUGACAGUAGACAGUAGAGCAAGAACAAACACUUCCGACUAGGACAGUGGAUUCAGCACCAUGGACAGUGCCACUUCUAGGUGGAUUCAGCACCAUGGACAGUGUCACUUCUCUAUGACAGUAGACAGUACAGCUAGAACAACCACGUCCGACUGGCUGGAUUCAGCACCAUGGACAGUGCCACUUCUCUAUGACAGUAGACAGUACAGCUAGAACAACCACGUCCGACUGGCUGGAUUCAGCACCAUGGACAGUGCCCCUUCUCUAUGACAGUAGACAGUAGAGCUAGAACAAUCAGGUCCGACUGGGUGGAUUCAGCACCAUGGACAGUGUUUAUAUUGUUGUUCCGAGUGGUGGAGGUUUCAGUGACAGUGGAUUCAGCACCAUGGACAGUGCCCCUUCUCCAUGACAGUAGACAGUAGAGCUAGAACAACCACGUCCGACUGGGUGGAUUCAGCACCAUGGACAGUGCCCCUUCUCCAUGACAGUAGACAGUAGAGCUAGAACAACCACGUCCGACUAGGCUUAUGAUUUAUUUCUGCACAAUAACAUCAUGCACUCUGGACUGUGGUUUAAAGGCCUACGGGAAAUUAUAAUAAUCCUAAUCUUUGAAUUUAGAAAUAGAUAGUGCAGCCUGGUGUCAAUCUCUAAAUUAUGAACAAAUGGAUUUACUGGAUGGUUUGGCCACAACAUUUAUAAAUGUACAAACAUGAAAUGUAAAUUAGGUUAAUAUGCUACUAAUAAGUUGUUAUGGAUACUUAAUAUGUAAAUUAAAACAUUUAAGAAGAGAUGCAUAGCACACUAUCUGUCUGUCUGUCUGUCUGUCUGUCUGUCUCUCUCUCUCUGUCCUCAUGUGUUCUGUUGGUUCUGUAAAAGCGAUUAUCUCCAGCUGUUGGUGCACGUGGUUUCUAAAAGCAAAACACAGAAGAGCGCGCGGAGAGAGAGAGAGAGAGCGAGAGAGAGCGUGAGAGAGAGAGCGUGAGAGAGAGAGAGAGCGAGAGAGAGAGAGAGAGAGAGAGAGAGAGAGAGAGCGAGAGAGAGAGAGAGAGAGAGAGAGAGAGAGAGAGAGAGAGCGAGAGAGAGAGAGAGAGAGAGAGAGAGAGAGAGAGAGAGAGAGAGAGAGAGAGAGCGAGAGAGAGAGAGAGAGAGAGAGAGAGAGAGAGAGAGAGAGAGAGAGAGAGAGAGAGAGAGAGAGAGAGAGAGAGAGAGAGAGAGAGAGAGAGAGAGACAGAGAGAGAGAGAGACACAGAGAGAGAGAGAGCGAGAGAGAGAGAGCGAGAGAGAGAGAGAGAGAGAGAGAGAGAGAGCAUCACAGAUAGUUCCUCAUUCAGCUCGAGGAAGAAACAGCCCAGCCGCACAUCACGGUUUGAGUGACACAGAUACCGGUUUACAGUUACAGGUUUACAGCACAGACGGAGUGAGAGAUUGGAACCGAGAGGGAUAGACAGGGAGAGAGAGGUAUAAUGGAAAGAGUGGAGAAAUAAAUACUGGAUUAAUACAAAUAAAAAAUACACCAACAGAGGACUAUUUCCUCACAUGAAUGGGAACAGCGGGUUACGAUAUGGAGUCUAUUUUCUCAGUGUGUUUGAUUGACACACUGUUCCCACCGCUGACCGUCUGACGGUGGAAGGGACGAUGCAUAACGCCAGCCACCGCCUGGCAGAGAACCAGAGCGAGCCUCAUCUGCCCGAGCCACACGCGGAUUUACCCGCCACUCGGGCGCUCGUCGGCUGCGUCCUCUCACUGCUCAUCCUCUGGACGUUACUGGGUAACUUCACGGUGUGCGCGGCGGUUCUGCGUUACCGGCACCUGCGCGCCAAAGUCACCAACAUCUUCAUCGUGUCCCUGGCGCUGUCGGACCUCCUCGUGGCGCUGCUCGUGAUGCCGUGGAAGGCAGCGGCAGAGGUGGCGGGGUUCUGGCCAUUCGGUGCGUUCUGUGACACCUGGGUGGCGAGCGACAUCAUGUGUUCCACGGCGUCCAUCUUGAAUCUGUGCAUGAUCAGUGUGGACCGCUACUGGGCGAUAUCCAGCCCGUUCCGUUACGAGAGGAGAAUGAACCGCCGCGUGGCCUUCGUCAUGGUCGGCGUGACCUGGACGGUCUCCGUGGUGAUAUCAUUUGUGCCCGUUCAACUCCACUGGCACCGGGCUGCAAUCACCGGAAACACCGGGAGCGGUGACGAAUUUAACCGGGACGUUACCUGGUUUAACAUCAGUGGGGUGUAUCAACUCCGCAGGGCCUCGGAGGAGGUGAACGGCUGGAACUGUGACUCAAGCCUGAGUCGGACCUACGCCAUCUCCUCCUCGUUGAUCAGUUUCUACAUCCCCGUGGCGAUCAUGGUGGUCACCUACACACGGAUCUACCGGAUCGCCCAGGUCCAGAUACGCAGGAUAUCCUCCCUGGAGCGAGCCGCAGAACACGCACAGAACUGCCGCUCGGGGUCGCACGUGGAUGUGGAUGCAGAUGGGCACGUGCACGCUUUCCACCAUCGUCAUCCUCCUCUUCGUUCUAAACACCGUUGCUCCAUCUUUCACCAAACGACCAAAUCCCCGAAACAUCAUCAUCAUCACCCUGAUCUUCCUCCCCAACACCGGGCCCUGAGGUACUCCAUUAGGAAGGAAACCAAGGUUCUGAAGACUCUGUCUGUCAUCAUGGGGGUGUUCGUCUUCUGCUGGUCCCCCUUCUUCAUCCUCAACUGUGCCAUGCCCUUCUGCCCAGGUCCAGGUACAGCCUCUAGAACUGUGUCAGACCCCUCCUCCCAAUCCUCCCACCUGUACUGUGUCAGUGAAACCACCUUCGACGUCUUCGUGUGGUUCGGUUGGAGCAACUCUUCCUUGAACCCCGUUAUCUACGCCUUCAACACUGAGUUCCGCGAGGCGUUCCUCCGCUUGCUGGGUUGCCGUGGAGACAACGGGUGCUUCGGAGGCUGGACGACGAGCGCCACGCGCGUGGAGAGCGUUGUCUUGGCGAGCAACGACGCCACCGGCGCCGGGAAGGAGAAGAAGAACUCGCUCUUCACAACGGAGAUGGGCGUGGCUUACGAUACAGGCUGUGGCGCCAGUAGAGGUAGUGUCACAUCUGGUGUAAUCCGCGACCCGGUUAGAGGGAGGGUGCUACCGACACCGUUAACAGACCGUAGAGGAGCUGUAGAGGAGCCGCUGUGUGACUGUGAGCUGGACCCGGUUAGAGGGAGAGGGGACAGCGGGGCAGGUCUCUCUAGGACGCCACCGGCAACGUUAACACAACCAGAGGCGGACUGCGACUGUCCCACGGAGGAUUGUAAAAGAGACCUAGCGGACCGGGGACAACGGACUCAAAUGAUUCCCUCACAAACUUUCUGAUGAACUUUCAAACUGUCUCAAACGGACCGUACCGUUGAUGUCUGUAGUCGUUUCAUUUCAAAUGAAUCCACAACCUGUAUUGUCUCAGCUGUUAAUGGAUCACAUUCAUCCAGGAAAUAGCUAUGACGGGUUUAUCCAAAACAUUCAUUGGCCAAUUUGAUGAAAAAGCGUUGAGGAUUGAUUGAAACAGGGCCAUUUUCCACCAAUGCUCGAGGCUAAGGUUUCUCCAGCUCUCGUUCCUGAACCCACAACAGCUCUGUAAUAUAUUGUUGUUCUGACCUGUUUUUAUGGAAGUGGUGCCUCAAGGAGAAAAGGAUAGUAAUAGUAAUGGUAAUGGUAGUAAUGAUAGUAAUGGUAAUGAUAGUAAUGAUGGUAAUGGUAGUAAUGAUAGUAAUGGUAAUGGUAGUAAUGAUAGUAAUGGUAAUGAUAGUAAUGAUGGUAAUGGUAGUAAUGAUAGUAAUGGUAAUGGUAGUAAUGGUAAUGAUAGUAAUGGUAAACAACCACAUUGAAAAACACUGUUCUAGGCUGCCGUUGCAUUAGGUCAAUAUCAUUAGGUCAUUAGGUCAAUAUCAUUAGGUCAUUAGGUCAAUAUCAUUAGGUCAUUAGGUCAAUAUCAUUAGGUCAUUAGGUCAAUAUCAUUAGGUCAUUAGGUCAAUAUCAUUAGGUCAUUAGGUCAAUAUCAUUAGGUCAUUAGGUCAAUAUCAUUAGGUCAUUAGGUCAAUAUCAUUAGGUCAUUAGGUCAAUAUCAUUAGGUCAUUAGGUCAAUAUCAUUAGGUCAAUAUGAACUCCUGAUUGGUCUAAGUCUGUCAAAGGGGAUAGAAUGUUAGAAGAGUAGAAAAGAUCUUCCCUGAGCUGAUCUAGAUUUCUAUUUCUACUGCCAUGUCUCUCAACCGUCAUUAACAUCAUAUUUGUUCUGGACCUGUGGGCUUUAUUUGUGGGGGAAGUGUGACACCGUCUGCGUCUGCAAUGGCACCCUCUUCCCUAUGUAGUGCAAUACUCUUGGCCAGGGCCUAUAGGGCUGUAGUGCACUACUCUUGACCAGGGCCUAUAGGGCUUUAGUGCACUACUCUUGACCAGGGCCUAUAGGGCUUUAGUGCACUACUUUUGGCCAGGAUCCAGUGGCACCCUAUUCCCUAUAUAGUGCACUACUUUUGUCCAGGAUCCAGUGGCACCCUAUUCCCUAUAUAGAGUCCUUUGGGACACAACCUCUGUAUUUCUCAGAUUAUCAGGGAUUAUCUCUCCAGGCCCUGGGGAUCUUGUGUGAUGUCAUGUCACGGUGACGAUGAUGAUGUCCAUCCUGGGUAUUUCUAAGCAUCUAUUAUACAGUAACACAGUCUCACAGCCAGAGCUCCCUCUCUCUUUCUCUCUACAUCUCUUUCUCUCCCUGUCUUCCCUGUUCUCUCUCCACACCCCU